AUGUCAUUGCUGCAGCGUCGACGUGGAGGGAUGAGUGGUGAGUCAGCCGAUGAAGCCUUGGACCGCAUGAUCGCCCAGACUCAAGAGGAGGGAGAGAGAAGAAGAGCUCUGUCUGCUCCUAGGAGGAUGGAAGGUGGUGUGCGGAGGUUGGAAAUUCAGGCUGGAGCAGAGGGAGAUGGACGAGCUCAAGGUCGAGAAGGUGAGGUGGCGAGGCCUGCUGGUUUGCCACAAGCUUUAGGGCCUGAAGCUCCUCCGGUGGCAGCUCAGCAGGAAUUGCCUGGUGGUGGGAGAUCGACAAUGGUGGUAGGACCGCUUCUUCGGGGUGUGGCGCAAGAUGUGGCUGGUGCGGUGGGUAACCAACUGCAAGCUUUGGGGACACUUUUUCCUGGAGCUCAAGUCCGUUCUUGUGUACCUCAAGGUGGUCCUCCUGGUGUCCUUCCUCUACAAGGUCUUCAUGCUGAACUACAUCAACGCAGUGGUCAGGGGAUCAAUGACCAAGGUGGUGGCUGUCCGAGUGGAGGGCAUGUGGGCGGUGCUAUGUUGGGACCUUUGGCUGAGCCUUUGCCGCCGUUGGUAGCUUUUCAGCUGCCGCAGCAGCAACAGAUGGGAUCAGCCGCGAGUCCACACCCGCCAGUGUUUCAUCCUUCAGGUAGCCAACCAGCUCAGGGAUUAGGAGUGAUGGUGACUCCAGUCCGAGAACCUCGAGACCUGCAGUCAGUACCCAUGGUGAGCCCGGUUCCCAUGCAAAUGGUGAGCCCGGUUCCCAUGCAGGCAUUGGCUGGAGGGGGGAACCCAGCUCCUGUUGGAACAGAUCCAUCGGGAGGGACUCAGAUGAUGAUGGACCCAGCUGCGAUGGCAGUUGAGGAGAUCAGAAAGCGGGUGAUGCGGGAGGCAGAGGAAGCUUUCGCCAAGGAGGUGAGAAGGCUUCAAGGUCAGACCGAGGAAACCCAAUCGUACCAGUCAGCAUCCAGUGGAGCUGGACAGGGACAGGCCGUGGUUGGCCAGGCCUUGGGAACUUCUCAGCCGUUGGGAGGAGUCGGUGGAAUGCCGUCCCCACCUCCAGGGAUUGAUCCGGGAUUCCAAGGAAGGAAUCAAGCUGGGCUAGCUCAGCCGGGACCAUCUCUGACUGAGGCUUUGAGGGCCCUGGAGCUACCAAAGCUUCCCACACCGGGAAGUGAAGGUGCGUCCAUCCAGUUCGGGGAUUGGAUGACUGUGGUGCAUCCACUGAUGAGUGAUCUUUCUGGAAGUGCUGGAGAAUGGUGGAGUCUGACAGUGAAAACUGUGGAACACCACUAUCAGCAGUGGCUGGUUGCCACGCCGCUGGAGAAGCUGCGCAUGAAACCAGGAUCACCAGUGAUCGGUGAAGGCUACGCAAGACUGGAACAGCGGUCAGUAUCUAUGUUGCUAGCUGCUUUGCCAGAAGGUUUGCGACAGGACGUCAUAGCAUCGCGGCAUCUCUCGACGGUCGGGAUUCUGUUCCGAUUGUUUACCACCUUUCAACCUGGUGGUUCGGGUGAAAGGACAGGAUUGAUCAAGUCCAUCAGCGAGGCCAAGGUGCCAGCAGGUUUGGUGGAACUGCUGGGGUCCGUUCGGCAAUGGCGCCGAUCAGUGGGAAGGUCGGAGGAGCUGAGUGUAACAGUGGAUCCCCUGGUUCUGACAGGUGUGUUGUCGAAGUUCGCUGAUGGAGCUUCAAAAUUGGGUGGAAGUCAGGUGGCGUUCCGCUUGGCGACCAUGCGCCAACAGCUGGACGUAGAUAGAGCUCCAAGCCUUGGUUCGGUCAAGGAAUGGGCCGAGUACAUCCAAGCUGAGCUGGAAGAGUUGGCUAAUGCGCAGACUGCUGGGAAGGCGACGCCGUCGAAUCCGCCUGCGUUGGCUCCGGUGCUGACGCAGGGGAAUCCGGCUGUCAAGGCCUUCACGGGGGAAGGGCAGAAGCCAUGGGAGAGGCCAGAAGGUGAGAAAGCGCCGUGUCGUUUCCGGGGCACUGACGAAGGGUGUCGCAGGGGUGAGAAGUGCGGUUUCGCACACGCCUGGGGAACGUUGGAGAAAUCCUCAAGGUGCUUGUUUUGCUCAUCAACAGGCCGCCGUAAAAGGGAUUGUCCCACAGCCAAGCCUAAAGAUGGAAAUGGCUGGACACAGAAAGGUGACCGGAAGGUCGCUAAGGUCCUCAAUAAGAAAGGGGAGAAGAGCACUGAGAAGGAGAGCCAAAAAGAGUCAACAGUAGUGAAGGAGGCAGCGGAGGAAAAUCCGCAACCGGAAAAAAGAUCUGAGGGUUCCCAGCCCAAGCAGGAAGGUGACUUGGUGCAGAACCUCAACGGUCUGGUUAAGUCCAUGACGUCGAUCAAAUCGGUAUUCAUCAAGACGGUGAAAAUGGACGAGGAGUGCGGAGGAGAGUACGCCUUGCUAGAUGGGGGGGCGACUCACGCUUUGCGACAGGCGAAGAGCUCCGAAGUUCCGCAUCUUUGGCCAGUCCAAGUUGAAAUGGCGAUGGGAAGUGUCACGCUCUAUCGGUGCGCAGCGCACAAUACGCUGUUGGCACUGGAUAACGUGGAACCCAUAAUUCCAUUGCGGCUGCUAGUAGAUCACGGAUUCAAGAUCGACUGGCAGAAGGAUCGCUGUGACAUCUCACACCCGAAACAUGGGAACCUGCAGUGUGUCAGACGUCAAGGGUGUCCAGUGAUGGACAGAAGUGAAGCCUUGAGUCUCUUGGAGUCACUUGAGAAUGGUGGAGUGGGAGACUACUGUGAGCCACCGGCUCAGGAGAUCGAAUGGUGGAAGGAGAAGUAUCCACAGGUCCCUGAGAGAAUCUGGUCUUUGAUGAGGGGCCAAGGGCUGAACUGGGAAGAAAUUACCUCCCCUUUGCCUUGGAAUAGGGCAAAGCGGAGGAGGUUGGAAAGAGCUCGAGGUGGUGUGGUGAUCCAUCUUUUCUCUGGGUCCGGGGGAGAAUCCAGGAGAUGGCGGGAUCUCACGGGAUCAGACACCGAGGUGCUGACCGUUGACAUCUCAUCGAACGCUCAAGAAGAUCUACACGCCGCUGGGGUGUGGGCGUAUCUGUGGGGAUUGGCUGAAAGGGUCCGGAUCCGGAUGAUAACCGCCGGACCGCCAUGCAGGACAGUGAGUCGUCUUAGGCAUAAGAUCCCAGGUCCUCGCCCUUUACGUGGCAGAAGGAAUCACAGAUUCGCUUUGGAUGAUCUAACUGAAAGAGAAAUAACAAAGGUGGAUGGAGAUACCGCCCUGUGGUUGAAAACUCUCGGUCUCUAUGAGAAAUCUCGAGAGGGAAUGGUGGCGAAUGGCAUUCUGGGUCAGUGUGGUCUUCUGGUGGAAAGUCCCCAAGAUCCAUGCGAGUAUAUGGAAGAUGGGAAAGAGUAUCCGUCCUUCUGGGAAUGGGAGGAAACAGAAGAUUUCUUGAAACGAAACCCAGACAUGUUCAAGGUCAGGGUGGAUCAAGGGGCUCUAGGGCACCCACGCCCCAAACCCACAACGCUUCUGACCAACAUAGUCCAGCUGAAGGAACUUGAUGGGAUUACCUCGAAGGAAUCUGGAGAGAGUGUGUGCAUGGAUCUCCGGGAGCGGCUGAAGCAGACGGCUUCUUGGUCUGCAUGGGCUCCAGGUCUGAUGGCUGCUCUCAAGAUUGUGAUACCCAAAUUUCUGGCGAGCCAGGCUCAGCAACCGAUGCUGAGCAAGUUGGACUUAGCGGGAUGGAAGAAGCAUCUGCAGGCACAACACGUGCCAUACCGGCGGGACUGUAAGGUCUGCUUGGAAACCAUGGGCUCGGCUGAGCCACAUCGCCGAAAGAGGGGUCAAGAAUCCGCCUUUGUGAUGUCUGUAGACAUCUGUGGUCCGUUCAAAAAGGGCACCGACCUUGGUGUCUCCAAACGCAGAAAGGUAAAGUAUGCCUUGCUGGCGACUAUCCCUGUGCCUCAGUGGCCAAGUCCGGGGGAGAAGGAGGAUUCCACGGCGGCGGUGGAACCUCAAAAGGAAGAAGUUGUUCCCGAAGCUGAGGAAGUGGAAGCCUCUGGGGAGCUUCUCUUGGAUCCAGAGCCCAGGGAUCUGAUCCCAGAGGAAGAAGCCCGGAAGAGAAACCAGGCGUGGGAAGAGUUCGUCAAAAAGGAAGUCAAGGAGAUAUCCAAGGAUGUUCCAGUGGUGAACAUCACCUUCAUGGAGCCACUUGCGUCUCGUCACCAGAAUGAAAUUACAAAGGCACUGUCCAAAGUGCAUGCCCGGGCGAAGAGCCUUGGCAUACCCAUUUACCGUGUGCACUCUGAUCGGGAGCGAUCUUUCACAACCAAUCACGUGGCCAAGUGGUGCGAAAUGCGCCAGGUCCAUCAAACUUUCAAUGCAGGCGAUGAGCCUGAAGCCAAUGGACGAAUUGAAGGGGAAAUCAACCAAUUCAAGCGUCGACUUCGCCUUUUGUUGGCAGAAACGGGAGUGAGUCAUGACUACUGGCCAUGCGCGGCCCGACACGGAGUCGAGGAACGAUUGCGUGCCCAAAUGAGAAAGUUGGGGGCCAAGUGUAAGGAGAUGCCACCCUUUGCUGUGUUGGCUCAGGUUAAGGCCAAACUGUGGCAUCGUCGAAAAGAAGGGGCGUUGUCAUCCCCUUACAAGACGCUUCGAAUUAUGGGCCCUUCACCUCAGAUGACUAACGGUUGGGUUGCUCCUGAUGAAGAAGCCAACCUUGUGCAGCACGCACGGUCCGUGUUCAUUCCUGAUCCUCUUGGAGAAACAGCUCGUUUGGAGCUGGAAACGGUCGAUGAUCCCAAGGAUCCUCCCAAAAGACGUCUCAACGGGAAGCAGCCACUGGUUGUGGAGGUUUCCAAGAUCCCUUUACCACCUCCUCGGGAGGACCGUGAACUUGAGUCCUUGUUGGCUGUGGCCGACGCUGAGGAAGAAGAUGGGUAUGAGCCCUCUAUCUUGUCUGACUCUGAGUUGGUUCCACCUGAGGCAGAAUUGGGAUUGCCAGCUCUCAUGGCCUUACGAGCUGGGGGGGAGUCUCUUGUGGAUGGAACUCAACUUGAAGGUUGGGGGGAGAUCGAAAAGACGGAAGUAGAGGAGUAUGUGAAUGAGCUCCGCUACCAGCACUGGAAUCUGAGAAAACUUCUGCAGGAACAGGUGAAUGCAGUCGCUGGGACAGAAGAAGAAGGUGCGGCGCAAGGACAAGUCGUGCAACACGUGAGUACCCAAGUGAGAUGGCUGGAAAGUGAAUUGGAGCAUUAUUCCCGGAUCGAAGAAGAAGGUGCCAAGGUGGAGGCAUUGGAAGCUGAAGAGUGUGAGAGACAUGCCCGAAUCGCAGCUUUGUCGACGGAUGGCCAACAAGGGGAUGAGAACCAAGGUGUGAGCAGGCCCCCGACGGUCUUGCAAACCUACACAAUCCCCUUGACGAUGGUAAAGCGGGAUAUGGAAUCCUGGAUUGAACCAAUUAAGGCUCACGAGGAUGGCAACAAGACUCAGGCGACUCCAGUGACAGCAGCGGACUUGUACGCUGGAGGAGCUGAUGCCACCGCCAUUCGAUGCAUGGUCAGAAAGACCGCCAUGAUGGAUGGGUGGGACAUGGGAGUCCUAGAUAUCAAGGGCGCGUUCUUGCUUGCCCCACGCCGAAGGGAGCAGGAGUGCCUGAUGAUGACCAUCCCACCGAAGCUGCUGGUGCAGGCUGGGAUCUGUCCGCCGGAUGAGCGGUGGGUGAUCCAAAAGGCGAUGUACGGCCUGGAGACCAGUCCGGCCGACUGCAGCAGCUUCCGCGACCAAAGGGUCAAGAAAUUUGAGUGGAGCUCAAACGGUAGGUCGUUCUGGAUGCGUCAAACGGUCGAACCAAAUGUCUGGCAACUCGUGUCGAGCGAGGAGCCAGGAAGAGCGGACUCGGAUGAACGGGUAGAAGGUUUUGAGUGGAACUGCUCCGAAGCGGAGUACCUCUCAGAAAAGGGAAUGUUGAGAUUCUGUGGGAUGGAGUUGAAGCUGCACCCGAGGGGCGGCAUCCUCCUUUCCCAAGAAUCCUACACCAAGGAUCUGUUGGAUCGAUACCCGGAGGUACCAGAAGCGCUGGUACCAAUUGCAAGGACUGAGGAUGUCGAGGAUUCACCACCGGAGCCUGCAGAUGUCAAAAGGGCGCAGACUCUGGUCGGCGAACUUUUGUGGGUAAGCACAAAGACGCGGCCGGACGUGGCAUAUGCAGUGAGUUGGAUGGGUUCCCGAGCAUCCAAAUGUCCGAAGAGGGUUUGCCAACUUGGUAGGCAAACGCUUGGCUACUUAAAGGCCACAGUGGGUCAUGGUCUGCUAUACCAAAAGUGUCAAGAGGCCGACCGUGGGCCGACCGUGGGCCGAAUGGGAAUUUGGCAUUCUGCAGGGAUGCCAAUACGUUGGAAGUCCACUCGGAUGCGUCAUUCGGUCCAGGAGGGGAGAGGUGGUUUGAUCCAGUGGGAAAGUAAGCGACAGAGCUUUGCUACGCUGAGCAGCUCUGAGUCUGAAGUCACUUCGUACGUGGACGCUAUGCUGCGCUCUAGGGCGUUGCACGAAGCGGUACAACAGGAGGUGUGGAAGGUGAAACACACGGCGGGUGUGGAACUUGCGGCAGAUUUCCUGACGAAGCCAAUCACCGUUGGGGCUACUUGGUCAAGAUUCCGGAGGUUUGCAGGGCUCUACGACAUGGCUGAGCCGGAGGACCUGGAGACCUUGAAGAAGAUUGGAAUCUGUAGAGAAUGGGCUCUGAAGGGGCUGACUGUAGCUGUAGAGCUUGAAAGGUGGAAACCGACCACUGAGGAGCACCACCGGAUUAGGAACUCCUGCCCUUCGGGCUGCCCCAGCGUCCGGGCGCUCCGUGCUGAAGCCAUGGCGACCAGCGUUGCUGAUGCUGGUGGCGAGGGUGGAGAUGGUCCUGGUGAUGGUGGAGAUGAUCGUAAGCCGUGGCCGAAGAGCUCCAUGUACGAUGACAUCUACACCGGGGAGAAAAAGAAAAGGAAGAGAAAGAAGAAAAACAAGGCCGCGAAGGCUGAUCAAGGUGAAGAGAAGGGCCCAAGUGCAGAGGCCUGUGAUGAAGAAGAGAAGGAAGAUGAGUGGCCGAGCUGGGAAAACAGAAAGCUUGAGGAGUCCGAGGAAACAGUCGCAGGGGAGCCAGGGCCUGUGACGUUGAUGCAGGCUACUCCGAAGACAGCGACGAGUGCUGCUCCGCUACCAGCUCCUCUACCUCCUCAAGACAACGAACCUACUGGCGAAGAGGUUCCGACUGCGACGGGCAGUCAGCCAGCCUCUUCUCAGGGGCCUGAGAACCCAGAUGGAACCACUUACACUGUCCGUGGUCAUGGUCGCCGCGACAUUGAGUCAGGCUUCUUUUGGGGAGGCGAAAAGAUCGUGGUAUCCUUCGUGAAUGCGGAUGGUGACCUGGAAAUUCGCAGAGGUGACGGUCUGAUCGAGAUCCGUCCCCUUGCUGAGCCAGAAGGAAAAGGGAAAGGAAAGAACGGGCCAGAGGUCAUCAGCUCUGGUGAAGAGAAUGAAGAAGCGAACAGCGACCCAACUGGUCCCAAAGGAAAAGGAAAACCCGUUCCCGAACCUCUGCUACCACCGAGUCGAGGCAGCGUGGGUUCUUCAACUGCCAGUGGCGAUGGCCUUGGAUCUUCAACCGACCGACCAGUUCCUAGUGGAGAUCGCCGGCAGUCUUUGGGAAAAGGAAAAGGCCGGGGGAAGACUCCGGGCGCCGCUGAGGAUGACGAUGAUGAUUCCUGGGGAAACUGGACUUCUCAGGGUUUGCAUGGAGCUGGAGAACCGGAAGGCGAGCCUCCAGCUGAAGACCAUCCACCUGAUGAGGAAGAAAAUGAGGACUAUGACAUCCAUGCGAGAAAGGACCUGGAUGAUGGCUCGGGAACCAAGCGUCCUCCGCCUGAUGGUGGGUCCUACAGCAUGAAGGCUAUGCGAGUCACUGUGGAUGCGGCCACGGCACCGUGGGAACUACCUGAGUUCUCGGCGCCUCCGCCGACUGGGAAGAAGGACAGAUGGGAAAGUUCCUGGAUCCAACGUGGAUGGCUUGUUAGAGUCCACAGGGAUCCAAGGAAACGCACUUUCCAGCCAAUCCACCGUGCCUCUCCGGUUGCAGGUGGAGAUCUUCUUCCUCUACGUGUGACUGUGGGCUUCGAGGAGGACACCAACCGCCGCUUUGUCAAGACGGACCGCUGGGAUGUGGAGCCAGUGAACCCCGCUACUUCAAGGUGGACUGGGUGGACCUUCUUCCGCCUCAAGAAUGAAACUGGGACCGUGCAUGAUCGCACUGUGUCUCGGAGCUCUGGUGAUGAUGCUCGUGGAGAAGGGCAUCGUUUUCACCUACCUGAACGUGACGGAGCUGGAGGACCGCAUGAUCGUGGUGAGCUUCAGCCUGCAGUUUUGAGGUUGCCUGAUGGAGCCGAGGGGCAUCUUGGGCUUCUUCCUGACCUACUUGGUGGGGAAGAGAACCGUGUUGAUGUGAGCCGGGCGGCUACGGCGAAGUCCUACGGUCCGCUCCCAACACCAAGAGCACCUGCGGUGAGGCCAAAAGCACAGACUUCAGCUGGUCGACGAGCUCAACCGGUUUUGGCUGACCUUCAGCGUCGAGAUGACCUACCUCCUGCCGAAGAGGAACUGAGCGAUGACGGCAGCUGGAGUGAGGUCUCUGGGGAGACCUGGUGA